AUGUCGCAAGACACUGAACCUCAGUUCUCGCAAGGUUCUCUUGCGCCUCCUGUAGAGUUUAACAUUCCAGCGAAUUCAGUCCAGCGGACAAAACUUUCUGCAUCUCCAGAUUUCACAAGGGCUGAAAGCCAUACAUCGCAGUCAGAGAAAAGCAAGUUACUCUCGCCCCCUCCAUUGUCCGCAUCAGACAUGACCCCACCGCCAUCGACGCAAGUGCCGGGAGCUCCUCUCCGUCGCUCCCGAUCCCGAUCCCGGUCAAACUCCCUCCUGGAAUCCCCUCCAAAUAUGGAAAAGUCGCUGUGCGCCGCAUACGGGGCUUCCGAAAACCUUCCAACAGUCGAAGAUAUCAACACAGCCAGCGAACACCAACUUCGCGCCAUUUCCAAGGAUUUGCUUAACAUAGCCCAAGAAGCUCGCAUGUCCGCUCUACACUUUAAGCUGCAACAUGGCUUGUUAUCAUUCUCGAGCAAUGAGGCGAUCAAGCGCGCUGAGGUCGAGCACCAAUUGGCAAGACGUGAGGUUGAGAUUCUCCAGAGCUCAGAGUAUCGCAACCGUCAUGGCCCAGCCGAAAUCAAACCAUUGCAGCCAAUUUCUAAUGCGGAGCUGGAAUUGGCCCUCAGGAGGAAUCAAGAGCUCGAGAGGAACAAUGACACCCUUGAUCGAAGACUGCGUCGCGCAAAGAGACUCAUCGAGCAAGAAAAGGUCAAAUCCGAUAUGCUCAACGAGGAAAACCAGCGAUUAAAGGGGCGCAUUCGGGACAAUCGGCAACACCUUUCCUUGAUGAUUGAGCAAGGAUCCAUGUCUCUCAGUCCCCACACAGAGCUCCACACUCCUCGCAGAAGAUCUGGCCGCCACUUUUCCGAUCACAGUAAUACGAGUAUUCAUUAUGGCAGCCACCAAUUGAGCAGAGAAGAAAGUGGUCUUGCGGCUCUUCUUGCUGCGGGCCAAUUUGCGGACCAAUUCUCCAAAAGUCAAGAAUCCGCGAGCGUUGCUUCCACUCCUGAUCAAAAUUUCGCGCACAGUCAGCAUCCCAACGGCGACAUUUAUGGUUCCCAUCAAGUGUUGCCUAUCCCGAAGACUCCUUCCCGCUCCCAGAAAGCCCACCAGCAGUACUUGACUCCGGUGGGAAACGCCCGUCAAGAGCAGUACGAACGGGAUAGCACCAUCUCUGCCUCGGAUAUCGAGGAAGCGGAAACUGUACAGGAAGAGGAUGAAGAAGAAAGAGAAGAAGAGGCUCCAGGUUCGCAAGCUAGUUCAUUGGCAACAGAUAUGCUUCGCCGCAAUGCUGGGAGUCGUCAUCAAGAGACUCGAAGUUCCGCCAAUGUUCCAAAGACCAGUACCCUAUUGCAGACAAAAUUGUUUGGUCAGGUGAAGAAAGCCGGAGCUGAGCCUGCUGUUAGUUUGAAACGCAAAGCGACUAAUGAGGAAGAGCGAGGGGUAAAGAAGUCCAAGGCGGUGGGACUUGGUAUUGGCGCAUGGGGCAAUCGCGCAUAG